GAUCAUAUAGACACUCUUAACUUCAUCCACAGCUGUUACAACUCCAGUCCAAUCUGUGCUUCCCCAUUGUUCGGUGAAGAUGGCGUUGGGAGAAAUAUGUUGCACUAUCGAAACAAGCAAGACUCGGAGGUCUUUGAAAACAGGCUUCCUGUUUUUUCUUUUAUUGCAAAUGAGAGAUGUAUCAUCAUCUACAACAUCAGAACCUGUUGGUCCGAGUUCGACAACUCAGUCUGCGAAUACAGUAAGUGUGUCCUCCUCCGUUUCUGCUGACCAGAUGACCACAUCAGGCUCUUCAGUGACAGGAGCUUCAUCUGCCACUGUACAUCACACUGCUUCUAACAGUGCUACUGUCGCCUCAACAGCAAAUACAUCUUCAUCAGAAAACUACACUGCGCUAUCCUGUCCAGCAUUUACUUGCACUAAAGAUUGUUAUGAUCAGAUGAUGAACAUGACGGCGAAGCCCUGUCCAUCCAGUGAAUAUAUCUGUGAGAUAAUGAAAGUGGAUGCAGGUUACUCUGUCAGCUGCAGUGCCUCGUGUGGCGUGUCCUGCGGGAACGGGUCUCUCACUAAUUGCUCUGUCAACUGUUGCAACACAACCAACUGCCUCAACAACAUUCUGCUUGCCAUGUUCAGUUCAGUCAGUACAACAGUAGCUACAACACAACCCACUGCUACAACCACAGCCAUAAAGACUACAGGUCCAACCACCCCAGCAAACAAUGGCAAGAAAUGUCAUAAUGCCAAGUGUAAUGGAGCAUUGUGUUACAAAACCAGUGUCGUCAGUGCCAUGCUGUGUCCAGUUGGUCAAGACUACUGCAUGCUACAAAAGACAACAUCUGGCAGCACAGAGAGCUGGCAUGCAGGUUGCAGUACAGAUUGCAGAAAGAUGCCAGUUUGUUCAAGCACCACUACUGCCUGUCACUUGGAGUGCUGCAAUGCCACUACAACCUCCUCAUGCCUCAAACUGACAGGUGAAGUGAACAUGCCCAGCUCCGCCACCAGGGGUCCUGACUGUCCCGCACUGCUCACGGCCUCCUUGCUGCUCUUCUGGAUAGUCAAAGUCUUCACUUGAGCGUAACAAAGUCACAUUUAAUAGGCAAUCCAGGGAAGUGCCGUUUUCUAUUAGGGGAGUGUAUGUGUGUUUUAAAGCUGAUUGUACUUCUUUUACUCUCACUUUUACAUUCUUUGUGAUGUAAGCAAUUGAAGGUGUAGUGUGUGUGUGUGUGUGUGUAAGAUCAGCAUGAGAAGCAGAAUGUGUGUGUGUGUGUGUGUGUGUGUGUGUAUAGAUGCCAAAUAAGCUUUACCAUUGGCAUCUGUAGAGAGUUAUGUCAAGUGGGAACAUGUUGGAUUCUUUAUAUCACAGAGUUAGACAGAAAUGAUCCACAGAGGAAUAUAUUAACACUGCAGUGACAAAUAUGAGAUUGUGCAUCUUUGAUUAAUUCUUGCUUUUUCUUUUUGGCGUUAAUGUACACUGUAAGAAAAUAAAAUAUAUAGAAAAUGGACUAUGUCCUGGCAGAAAAUGACCACUACCGUUUCCGUUAAGUUUAAGGACCUUUGCCUUCAACCCUAAAACAAUGUGCAACUGGUAAAACAUCUGUGAAAAAUCAAUACAUAUUAACAUGGUACAUUGGGCUGUAUUUUUAUGGUCUUUUCUUACAGUGUACGUAUGUUUGAAUUUUGAUUACAGUCAAUCAUAGUUAUCUAAAGCUUCUUUUCUUACUCGUAUUUUGUUUGGUGUCCACUGUACACAGGGUUUGUGCUUUCUAAAAGCAAUGUUCUAUUCUAUAUUACUCAAAAUACUCCAAAGAAUAUUAUUAGAAUGCUCAGAUAAUCCAUUUUCUGAAACUAAUUAGAUGAAAAAAUAGGUUGUCCAAUCAGGCAGAUUUAACCCUGUGUGCUUGCAAAAAUAAUAGUCAUGUACAAACCAGCUAACGUCAAACAAAUGGAGUAUGCACUUUAUGCAUCUAAAUGGAAAUUAGACAAUGUAAAAUAUUUAUAAAGCAUUUAUAAUAUUGGUCAUAUGAAUGCCUGUUCUCAUAAAUAUAAGGCUUUAUUUUUACAGAAAAAUGUGUUUAUUAAAAUGUAAGUGUACAGAUCUAAGAGGAUAUAGACCACACUAAUUUUCUUAAUUAACAUUUGAAUUAAAAAAUUCUGUCAGAGUAACACUACUGAUAAACGUCAUGAUUAGGAUUUUGACAGCUCGGUUGAUAAAGGUUGUAGUGAUGUUUAUUGCUCUGUACUGCUUUAAUCUGACAGCAAGAAAUAGAUCUUACUAACUGCUUUUGAAAUUAAUAAAUAAAUACUUCAUCUUC